AUACGUGCCUUAUCUUCUUGCUACGGUAGUCGAUAGAGCUUUGAUCACUCAUCUCCAUAAUAAGGGAUGGAAAACACACGCCAUCCGUCUCACCACUAAACCCCAACCAUCGUUUAUCAUGGCUUCCUCAACUCUCUCCCCUGCAGCUCCUUGGCAGCUAUGCUCCAGCAAGAGUGGCAUGUUCUGCCCAUCACGAGCGUUUCUUGUGAAACCAACGAGGACCCAUAUGGUCAAAAACGAAAAGGGAAUGAGGAUCACAUGCCAGGCCACUAGCAUCCCUGCUGAUAGAGUGCCAGACAUGGGCAAGAGGCAGCUCAUGAAUCUGCUUCUGUUGGGGGCUAUUUCACUCCCCUCAGGUUUCAUGUUGGUUCCUUAUGCAGCCUUCUUUGUCCCAUCUGGGGGACGGGGUACCGGUGGUGGCACCGUUGCCAAGGACGCAAUCGGAAAUGAUGUAAUUGCUGAAGAAUGGCUCAAGACUCAUGGCCCUGGGGACCGAACCCUGACUCAAGGAUUGAAGGGAGACCCAACCUACCUAGUGGUAGAGAAAGACAGAACCCUUGCAACAUAUGGUAUAAAUGCUGUGUGCACACACCUUGGGUGUGUUGUUCCGUGGAAUCAAGCCGAGAACAAGUUCAUAUGCCCCUGCCAUGGAUCCCAAUACAACGAUCAAGGAAGAGUUGUGAGAGGACCUGCCCCCUUGUCCUUGGCAUUGGCACACGCUGGUGUUGAAGACGGGAAGGUAGUAUUUGUUCCAUGGGUGGAAACAGAUUUCAGAACCGGUGACGCUCCAUGGUGGUCUUAAAUAUCUCCACAACCAUUAGCUCAGGCUGUUUGUUGGGUUAUCUUUGAGAUUUAUUCAGCCAGUAUGUUUUGUAGCGUUGCUAAACAUCCUGUGCCGUACAGUUAUCCUCUGUAUACUGCAGUUUGUAGGUUGCAAGACCGUAUUUCCAAAUUAGAAAUGGUACUAAUAUUCUUGUCAUAUUAAAAGUUUAUUUAAUACAUUAGUUGUGGAAA